AAGUUAAAUGCGCCAAAACUGGCAUUUCCGUAAAAUAUUCCCAAAAAGGGAAGUGUGUUCCCCUAUUGUAACAGAUAUCGUUACUUAGACUCAACUGAAGAAGAUAUACUAUCGAUGACAGGCGAUCAAAAGCCCGCUCAGAAGGUUCGGCUGGAUGGAUACCCGAGCAGUACAGUAGUUGCUAGCUGAUUUCAAAGCGUUAGAGGCGCAGUUUUAGUUUUUUAUGAAUGUUAGAAUUGAUGUGGAAAGUGUGUGUUGGACUUUAAUGAAAACGGAGCAGUGCGAGAAUCGCUCAACAAGAUAAGCACCGUUUUUUUGUCCCGAUCCUGGUAUCGGAAAAAUUGCAACGCCUUCGCGUUUUUGGCUUGCUUGCAUUGCAGUUUCGGUUCUCCUCGCUUAUAACGGUUCUUUUUCGCCGCCUCCUUCACACACAACGCAAAGAAAAGAAAGGAAAGGAGACUGCAUUUGAUCGAACACACGAAAAAUAGACGUGUGUGCGUGUGUGUGUGUGUGUGUGUGUGUGUAUGCUGCUUGGGAAGUGAAACGAAUCGAAAAAGAAUCGAAAAUACGGUAUUUUUACACUGGUGGGCGUAAAAAGUGAAAGUGAAAUAUGACUUAUUAUUAAAAUCCUGAAAUUAAAUAAAGUGUCAACAAGUAAAACACCAAAAUAUAGUAAAAAAAAAAUAACAAAAAGAAAAAAAAAGUCACAACAAAAUCCUAACUAAUAAAAAUACAAAAUUAUAACAAUUAAAAAAAAACAAAAAAACAAAAAAUCAAAAAAAGUUUUCGAACUCGAAAAAUUAACUAAAAAAAAUUAACUAUAAUUUUACCAUAAAUUAAACCUAGUCUUAAGCAACUGAGGUAGCUAUACGUGCUGAGAAAUUUGUUAUACUCAAAACUCAAGACACGAAGUGACGGAGCCAAGUUCAACAAAUCGUGGGCUAUGUACGCCACCCGAGUAGCUGGCGACAUGAAGAUCUUUGCCGCAGAUGUUGCCGAGAGCAGCGCGACUGAAACAUGCAGCACUCCCGUGCAGCAGCAACAGCAGCUGCAGCAACUCGAGUUCCGGUCGCGGAAUUCCGCCGGAUCGCCGGCUCCCAAGCCGGGGCAGUGCCAUCUGAAGUUCGGAAAGUACAACAACAAGGCGGCGAAUCAAGCGAGCAGUUGCCACAGCAGCAACACCGAGAGCAACAAAGGACAACAGCAGCAACAACUGCAGUACUGCAGCAACAGUAACUCGUGGGCUCGCAAAAAAUACUUUGGCAGCAGCAACGGCAGCAGCAACGGCAGCAGUCUUCAGCAACAGCAGCUGCAAUCCACGUAUUUCCAGCGACAGCAGCAGCAGCAGCAGCAGCAACAAGAACAGCAAACGCUGAACAACAACAACGUGCUGAUGAAGAAUCAAAAUCUCGUCCAGCCACAAUUGACCGAUUGCCAGCCCAGCGAAAGCAACAGCAACAGCAAUAGCAGCAGCAACGGCAACAGCAGCAACAGAAUGGCGGCAAAGCCAGCCAAAUGGCUCAACGACAACAGCAGCAGCAACAUUAACAACAAUAUCAUCGGCUGCAGAAAUACCACCAAUAACAUUGGUAGUAAAAAGCGCAACCCAUCGGCAGAUGCCACUGCUGCCUACUAUCGCAAGUGCCCAGAGUCCCUGAGUCCAGAAACUGCAGCUGAGUCGACGGGAAAAGAGGCAGCAGUAGCAGGACCUGGCCAGACCAGCCCCUCAGCUGCAGGCUCAAGCACGGAAAGUGGCACGGAAACAUCCGCGGCCAAGAACCAGGAUCAGGGACAUGCCCAGGAGCCGGACAAGCAGCGACCCCGACAGCAACCCCUUAGUUUCUGGAAAACCAACUACCCGCAGCCAGCAGCCAGCCAGCAAAAGAAUGUUGUCAAAUUCCAGAAGGAGACGGUCGCGGCAGUUGUAUCAGCGGCUGCUGUGGCGGCAGCUGCAUCCGAGCACGAACAGCAACACCAACAGCAACAUCAGUCUCUGUCCUUCGACAACAGGCGAAACUCGGGCUACCAGCAACAUCAGCAGCACAACUACUAUCAAUAUUACUAUACACAGCCCAAGCAGUUGACCAUCGCCUCGUUCCUGCAGAAGGAACUUUUGCCAGGGAGCAGCGAAAAGACCAGCCAGCACAGCAGCAGCAACAGCAGCAACAACAACGGCAACAGCAGCAACAACAACAACGGCAACAACAGCAGCAGCAACAACAGCAGCAGCAACAACGGCAACAGCAACAGCAAUCACAGCAACAGCAGCUUUUCACGGCAGCAAUACGGUCAUCAGUCUGUGGGGGCUGGCAGCUACCAGCAGCAACAGCAGCGCUACCGCAAUGCUCAGAACGUCUAUCAGCACUACCAGCACCAGCAGCACCAGCAGCACCAGCAGCAACAUCAGCAACAUCAGCCGCAGCAGCAACAUCCUCCGCAUCAGCAUGGGAUCGGCAACUCGCACUUCCGCCGGAAGCACAGCGACAACAAUAACAGCAGCAGCGGCAUCAACAAGAAGAUGCACUACAGUCCAUCGGUCAAAAACGGGGAUCCCGCCGGGUCCGCUUCUGGCCAUCAACAGCAUCAUAAUCCACAUCAGCAGCAGAAGACAAUCGAAAUUCUGGCCAGCAGCAACUUCAACGCAGCGCAUCGCCGCAUGCAAGGCGGAGGCGGUAAGAACGGAUACUACCACAACAACUAUCACCCGCUGGCGGGCGAGGGCGGCUCCACGCCCACGCGCUCCGAGCACCAGAAUAUCUACAACCUCACCUACAUCCAUGUCGACAUGGAGCCAUCCAGUGAGACGGUUGCAUCGACGGCGGGAACGACACCGGUGGUCAAGCCCUCGUUGCUCAAUAAGCCGAGUAUUUCGAUAACGCCGGUCUCCUCCGUCUCUUCCGUCUCAGUAUCAACCCCAACCCCAACUAAUGUAGAAAGGGGGAUGGGGGGAUGCCUCACGGUGUCCAACUCCGUUCUGCCAUCAGCGACAGCCCACGUCCGAAACAUGUUCGCACCGCCGCCGCUCGCGAUGAUUGGAGGGCACAACCUGCUCUCCCCGGUGACUGGCGCCACCAUCACCACCACCACCACGCCCACCAAGAUGAUCAGCUGCGCCCAGCUGGACGAGGCCAUAACGGCAGCGGCAGCCAGCGGAGGAGACCCCUCAACCAGCAGUCCCAGCUUCAACCAGGCGGUGCCCUUUAUUAUUCCCUCCCAGCAGCAGCAGCAGCAGCAGCAGCAACCGCACCUAAUCCCGAACUGCAGCACUUCGCAGACGCAGCCGCAGCCGCUGCCGCCUCCGCCGCAGGUGUUCUUUCAUUUUGGCGACGGGUUCUGCAACCCGGGGCAGGGCCACCAAGCGCCUCCGGCUCCCGUGUGGGCACAUUCCAGGUCGCCUUGCUACCAGUCCUCGUACGGAUCCAGCUGCAGCCUCAACGGGAUCGGCAAUGGGAACUCGCCGCACUCCAAGGAUGGCAAUGCGGUUGGACUGCGGCCCGGCUCGCCCGCCCUUUCCACCUCAUCGCUGGGCAGCGAAUCCCAUUGGAGCGGCACAAGCAAUCGCAGUCGCUUGGGCCAUGGAGGCCACCUCUCCAUUUCACCCACUCCAAGUGCUCUAGGAUCUGCACAGUUGUCUCCCCAUCUGCACCAGCCACACCAGCAACUCCAGCAACACCCUCCACCGCUCGUAACCCAUCACCCACAUGGGCAGCUAAACGGACACGCAAUGACCCCCUUUAUCCCGCAUCGUCCCCAUCCGCCUCCGCCAGUUUCGUCGCCGAAUCCCACGGCCGGAGCCACAGCAGGAGGACCCUGGUACGAGCUGGUCCUGCCCCCCGAUCGCUACUUGGCCCAAGCUCGGAACACGGAAGUCGCCGUCCAGCCUGAGAAGCUCAUCUGCAUGUGCAAGUACGACAACCUGUCUGCUGACAUCUGGAAGAGGUUCCGGGGCGCCCAGCAGACGCAGCAGAAGUUCAAGCUCAAGAUGCGGCUCUGGCGGUACCUGUUCCUUUGGAUGAAUCAACCGAUGUUCGAGAGGUACCGCAUCUGCUUAGUUGGGUCGACCAUCACUGGCUUCGGGACGGACUCCUCCGACAUCGACAUGUGCCUGCUUCCCGAGCGGGGGGUGCCUCCUCAUCCUCAUCCCCACCAGCAUCAGUACCACCAGCACCAGCACCAGCACCACCACUACCACAACGAGAAGCGGACCGAGGCCCUGAUCAUUCUCACCCUGUUCAACGCGGUGUUGAAGGACACAGAGGUUUUCCAGGACUUUAAUCUGAUCGAGGCGAGGGUGCCGAUCCUGCGCUUUAAAGACAUUACCAAUGGGAUUGAAGUCGAUCUCAACUUUAACAACUGCGUGGGUAUUAAAAAUACCUAUCUGCUGCAGCUUUACGCCCAACUGGAUUGGCGGACACGACCGUUGGUGGUGAUUGUGAAGCUCUGGGCGCAGUACCACGACAUCAACGACGCCAAACGCAUGACCAUCUCGAGCUACUCGCUGGUCCUAAUGGUGCUGCACUACCUGCAGCACGCCUGUGUGCCGCACGUCCUGCCCUGCCUGCACACCCUCUACCCGGAGAAGUUCCAGCUGGGGCAGCAGGACUGCCUCGACCUGGAUCUCAUCGAGCCGAUCGAGCCCUACCAGGCGCUGAACAGCCAGACGCUCGGCGAGCACCUGCUCGGCUUCUUCAAGUACUACAGCAGCUUUGACUUCCGGAACCUGGCCAUCUCCAUACGCACUGGCGGCGUCCUGCCGGUCUCCACAUGCCGCAUGGCCAAGAGCCCCAAGAACGACGUGUACCAGUGGAAGGAGCUGAACAUCGAGGAGCCCUUCGAUCUGUCCAACACGGCGCGCUCCGUCUACGACUAUGCCACCUUUGAGCGUGUAAAGGCCGUUUUCCUGGCCUCGGCGCGUCGCCUCGAUCACACGCUCGACUUGGCCACCGUCUUUCGGCCCAUCCACCAUGUGCAGGCUCAGGCACAGGCACAGGCACAGGAGGGCUUUCCCCAACAGCAGUUCGCCGACCACCAGCUGCACUAUCCCAAUCCCAGCCAGCCGCGGACUGCGGGUGGAGGUGCCGCUCCAGGCUCCAGCAAACUGAGCCCAGAUGCGGCCACCACCUUUGCCGAACCGACUGCAGCGCACGUCGUCUAGUUGGAACAGAAACAGAUCUGAAAGGUUAUUUCCAAAACAUGAAGAUAAAACUAGUUAAUAUGUCCCUGCAAUGUUAGAUCAGAGCAAGAAACCUUGUAAAUUGAAAUUCAAAUUCGAAAAAUCGGAAAUUACGAACGAUUUGUGUGAGAACAACGCGAAUGGAAUAGAAUUUCAAUACAUUUUCAUGCACCCCUAUCUUGUUAAAUGUUAUUAUAUUCAUUUAUUUAUACUUUUAUAAACUCAAAUUGUUUUAUCGGAUUCCAUCACUUAUUGUAAACAUUCACGGAGGUCUGCGAUGUUCGUCCCUCCUGUGGUGUGUAUGUAUCUCUUUGAAAAAUAAAAUGUCACCCGAAAACGUAAACCCAAGUUCUGUAAAAAAUAAA